GUUACAGCGGUCCCGGUCGCCCAGUGGAUCAGCGCAAAGGCAGCUGGAUGAAGCGGACCUUUUCAUGGACCUCAUCAAAGAUGUGGCCAAUGAGUUGGACAUCGAUGUGCUGUGCCAUAAGAUCCUCGUGAACGUGUGUUUGCUCACAUCGGCGGACAGAGGGAGCCUGUUUCUAGCCAAAGGCACACCCCCACACCGGUAUCUCCAGGCCAAACUGUUCGACGUUACAAGGGACACUGGUAUGUAA